UGUACGCAGCCUCUGAAAGAAAAAACACACACUUCGCUUCUAUCAUGGAUGAUGUCAUAGGGUCACAUCCGUGUACCUGGAGCAAACCGAAAAGAAACGAUCAGGAAGUGUGGAAAACUUGUGUGGGAAUACUGAUGGUUCUUCACCUGGUGUUGCACGCGGAGGCUUCAUCGGUGCCCAGAUCCUGUGAUAAAAGCUGCUUCUCAGGGAAGUGCGUGAACGGGACCUGCGUGUGUGACCACGGCUGGGUUGGAGAUCAGUGCCAGCAUUGUCAGGGAAGAUUCAAGUUAACAGACCUGUCAGGCUUUCUCACAGAUGGUCCAGUUAACUAUAAGUACAAGACUAAAUGCACUUGGCUUAUAGAGGGAUAUCCUAAUACAGCACUCCGGCUGCGCUUCAGUCACUUUGCCACAGAGUGCAGCUGGGAUCACAUGUACGUCCAUGACGGAGACUCCAUCUAUGCGCCUUUGAUUGCCGUCUUCAGUGGUCUGGUGGUCCCUGAGACCAGGGGGAGGGAAACGGUACCGGAGGUGGUGACGACGUCGGGCUACGCUCUGCUCCACUUCUUCAGCGAUGCAGCCUACAACCUGACUGGUUUCAACAUCGCCUACUCGAUAAACUCUUGUCCGAACAACUGUUCAGGCCACGGCCGAUGCAGCGCCGCAAACUCGAUCACAGGUCGCGUGUACUGCGAGUGUGACAAGUAUUGGAAAGGGGAGGCCUGCGACAUUCCGUACUGCAGGGACAACUGUGGCAGUCCGGAUCACGGCUACUGCGACCUGACCGGAGAAAAGCUGUGCGUCUGCAAUGACAGCUGGCAAGGUCCAGACUGCACCCUUCCUGUUCCCUCCACUGAGGCGUACUGGGUGCUGCCCAGUGUCAAACCAUCAGCUCAGUCUCUGGGUCGAGCAUCCCAUCGGGCUCUGGUGCAUUCUAGAUUGAUGUGGGUGGUUGGAGGCUACUCCUUCAACUACUCCAGCUACCAUAUGGUCCUCAACUACAACCUGGACACCAGCACAUGGGAGGUGGUCCCCAUCAGCAGCGCCCCUCUGUAUCGAUACGGACACUCACUGGCUCUCUACCAGGAUGACAUCUACAUGUUUGGUGGGAAGCUGGAAGCAGGACCAGCUAAUAUAACCGAUGAGAUGUGGGUGUUCAACAUCCCCAGACGCACGUGGUUGCAACAGAGACCAGCCCCACCACCCCCAUACGCCCUGGAGGGCCACACGGCACAUGUUGUGAAGCAGACUGACGGUGAGCCAGUGAUGCUGACCUUCUUUGGCUAUUCGCCAAUCUACAGCUACAUCAGCAAAGUUCAGGAGUACAACAUCAGGUCGAACUCGUGGCAGGUUGUUUCUGCUCAAGGUGCAGUGGUUCAGGGAGGUUACGGCCACAGCAGCGUGUAUGAUGAGGCCAGCGGCUGUGUCUAUGUCCACGGGGGAUACAAGGCGCUCAGCAACAACAAAUACGGUCUGGUGGACCACAUGUACCGCUACCACGUUGGCACAAGAACAUGGUUGAUCCUCAGGGAGAGUGGUUUGGCACGCUACCUCCACUCAGCUGCGCUGUUAGGCAGCACAAUGCUGGUUUUUGGGGGAAACACUCACAAUGACACGUCUCUAAGCAACGGAGCAAAGUGUUUUUCUGCUGACUUCCUGGCAUACGAUAUAGCUUGUGAUGAGUGGACUGUCCUUCCCAGACCAGGACUUCACCGGGACAUUAACCGCUUUGGACACUCUGCUGUGGUUAGCAACGGCUCCAUGUACAUCUUUGGAGGUUUUGCUGGUGUGCUUCUGAACGAUGUGCUGGCCUACACCCCUCCGUCCUGCCAGGCCUUCUCAAACCCAGCUCUGUGUGCUGCUGCUGGGCCAGGCAUUCGCUGCCACUGGGUCAACAGUCGAUGUCUCACAUGGGAAUCUAAAGAACCCAACUACAUCAUUCCUGCCCCAUUUUGCCCUGGACGACCUGACAGCACUGAUGAGGAGUGUUUCCGCUUCUCAGACUGCGCAAGUUGUACCGCCAACACGCGAGGAUGUCAGUGGUGUGAGGAGAGGAAGUGUAUCCCUGCCUCAAGCAACUGCACCGUGCUUACGUUGGAGCUGGCCCAGCAGCAUGGUGGCGCUCUGUCUCUGUCUCCACCUCCAUCCAUGUUGUCUGAACAUCAGCUGAGCUUGUGGAAGCACGGAGCCCGGAGGAGGGGACAUUCGGUGAGAGACCCGUCCAGGUGCAAGCGCAGGGAGGAGCAGGAGUGUGUCAGGCUGGUCAACUGCAGGAGCUGCUCCCUCAACAUCAACUGUCAGUGGGAGACGCAGCAGCAGGAGUGUCAGGCACUGCCCGGCCAGCUGUGUGGCGAUGGCUGGCAGCAUAUCGGGGACGCCUGCCUGAGGAUCAAUUCCAGCAGAGAGAGUUACGAUAACGCCCAACACUACUGCAAAAACCUGGGAGGAAACAUUGCCUCUCUGCUCAGUGACAAUCAAGUCAACUUUGUUUUGGAAGAGCUACACAAAUAUCAGCUGCAGGACAAGAGGUUGUCUCCGUGGGUGGGCCUGAGGAAGAUUAACAUAUCAUACUGGGGCUGGGAGGAUGCAUCACCCUUCACUAACACCAGCCUGCGGUGGUUACCUGGAGAGCCCAGUGAUUCAGGCUUUUGUGCCUAUUUGGAGAGAGCACAGACAGUCGGUCUUAAAGCCAACCCCUGCACCGCCACCACCGACGGCCUGAUCUGUGAAAAACCUGCCGGGAGUCCACAGAGUCAGAGUUCUCGACCCUGUAAGACGCCCUGCGCUCUGCGCACCGGCUGUGCCAACUGCACCAGCCAGGCCAUGGAGUGCAUGUGGUGUGGAAGCACUCAGCGCUGCGUGGACUCCUCAGCGUAUGUCAUCUCCUUUCCCUACGGUCAGUGUCUGGAGUGGCAGACCCAGGACUGCGCCGCCCAAAACUGCUCGGGUCUGAGGACGUGUGCCGAGUGUCUGGAGAGAGUGGAAUGUGGUUGGUGUGGUGAUCCCAGCAACACUGGCAAGGGUGUGUGUAUGGAGGGUUCUUACCGGGGCCCCCUGAAGCCUGCAAACUCAAGACCUGGAUCCAGAGACGGGGACAGACUGCGAGACAGAGACAUGAUGGUGGAUCAGAGUUUCUGCUCCUCUGAGAGAGGCUACAACUGGGCUUUUAUCCAGUGUCCCGCGUGUCAGUGUAACGGCCACAGCAAAUGUGUGAACACCAGUGUGUGUGAGCACUGUGGGAACCUGACGGCAGGAACACACUGCCAGAGCUGCAUGCCUGGUUACUAUGGCGACCCCACCAAUGGAGGGAAGUGUAAUGCAUGCAAGUGCAACAGCCACGCCAACGUGUGCCACGUCAACACGGGAAAGUGCUUCUGCACCACCAAAGGGGUCAAGGGAGACCAGUGUCAGCUAUGUGACUCAGAAAACCGUUACCUUGGCAACCCUCUCCGAGGAACCUGUUAUUACAACUUGCUGAUCGAUUACCAGUUCACCUUCAGCCUGCUCCAGGAGGAUGACCGAUACUACACUGCCAUCAACUUCAUGGCCACACCUGAGCAGGCCAACAAGAACCUUGACAUGUCCAUCAAUGCUUCAAACAACUUCAAUCUGAACAUCACUUGGUCUUUAAGCUCAACAGCCGGCACCAUCUCUGGUGAGGAGAUGCCAAUCAUAGCAAGGACCAACAUCAAGGAGCACAGAGACAGUUUCUCGUGUGAAAAGUUCAACUUCAGGCUUCACCACAACAUCACCUUCUUCGUGUACGUGUCCAACUUCAGCUGGCCAAUCAAGAUCCAGAUUGCUUUCUCUCAGCACAACAGCAUCAUGGACCUGGUGCAGUUCUUCGUCACCUUCUUCAGCUGUUUCCUGUCGUUGUUACUGGUUGCUGCUGUGGUUUGGAAGAUCAAACAGACCUGCUGGGCCUCACGGCGUAGAGAGCAGCUGAUGAGAGAGCGACAGCAGAUGGCCAGUCGUCCCUUCGCUUCGGUUGCCGUGGUACUGGAAGUGGGCGGCGACCAAGAAGAGCUGCUACAGGCAGUGCCAAAGCCCAUAGCCAUGGAGCCAUGCUGGGGGAGCAGAGCAGGUGUUCUCACAGUCCUGCUUUACCUGCCUCGAGUCCCGUCGGGAAUACCUCCACCUGGACAGUCUGGUAUUGCGAUAGCCAGUGCUCUGGUGGACACAACACAGCAGCGAGUGGUGGACUUCAAAGACAGAUCCCUGGGUCUGAAACACCGCAAACACAUCGUACACCAUCAAGGAACCUGUGUAUGAACAUUUCCAUCGCCCUCCUCUAAGGGAUUUAACUGGAGAUGCUCUCCAGCUGUUAAAACUGGGUUUGGACGAACCUUCGGUGGGAUGAGUGCCUGCUUUUCAGAGAGUUAAUGAUACUCUGCCCUCAGAGCAGCUAGAAGACUUCUUCAUUUUCCUCUGUGUCAGUGUAAUGAGCCAAGUAAAAAAAAAAAACCUUUGCAGACUGACUACAAGAAUGUCUUCCUCCAACUCAGCUCUGGUUAGAAAUGGAAGAAGCUGGCAGAUUUUCUAGGUUGUUUCCAUGUGCCACGCUGAGAUGGAGAGUCCUGAUUUACAAGCUGACUUGAACGCAUCGCUGGAAGAAAAACAAACCAGAGGUGGUCUGUUACUCAGACUUUUAGUCUACUGUUUUUGCUAAUGAAGAUGUUUGGAUGUACACGUUGACAUGUUUCCUUUUUUAGAAUAAGUUCCUUGUUUUAUGGCACCGACAUUUAAAGUUGUAGAUUUUGAUAACUGCUCAGGUCCGUCUAUAUGCACUAUAAGUAAAAUGCUUUACACUAGGACCGUCCACGGGAUUAAUAUUAUGCAACUUUAAUUUUUAUUCUGGGCAACGACAUAACCUGAAGGUUGGUAUUAUCAAACAAACUACUGACGGCAUUAACAUCCCUUUUUGUGUAACACUGUACAGCUACAGUAUACGUUUCUCAUACAUUUGUGACAUGGACGAUUAAUUAUGCAAAGUCAACAAUUCUGCAAGUUUUCCAAAUGCACUACUCUUGUCAUUGAGUGUGUGCAGUUUCCCUUUUGUUGCUCAUUUCCUCAGUGUCUCCGUUCAUAUCUGAAAAUAUUUUAUGCAAAUCAGAUUUGUUUGAUGUCAAACUUUGUCUUUACUGUUGUAAUGUCUCUGUUUGAGUGCACAUAUAUUGUCUUUAUGUAAUUUUGCACCAGUUUGUUGCUGAGAGUUGGAUUAAAAAAGGGCAGCUCACAAAGUUUUUGUCCAUCUGAGCAUAAAAUCUGUACAAUUAAAACGUUUUGAUGCCUCCUUA